UAUAUAUUCUCAGGCCACGCGGCCAAGCAACCGGAGAUACGGUAACAGGCCGAUUUAGAAAUAUUUUUUUAAAAAAAUUUCAAAAUCAAAAUCAAAGAAAGCUGACGUCAUCUCAUGACUCUUCUUUCUCUUGGUUCAAUCUCCAAUCUUGGUCUCUAGUGUUUCUCAAUCUCAUUACCAGAAUCAGUGAAAUUUCGCAACGACGCCGUUUCGAUCACUCCCAAGGCCCAAUUCGCCUUUCAAUGGAGGUUCCGGUUGAUCAAAACCCUAUCUGAACAGAUUUUGUUCGAAGUUCUUGACGUCUCGCAGUGGUACGUAAUUUAUGUCAAGCAGUGCAACUCAGCGAGCCUUUUUGUCAAGAGUAAAAUGUUGUGUACCACAUUUUAGAGAAGGGAAGGAAAACUUUUAUUUUUGUGCUACAGUUCUAUGAAUGCUUUCUUUAUUCCCAAUUGCGUUGGUGGAGUUAGAUGGACGUUGCUGCACCGGGGAUUCACCUUGAAAGUUUAACCGAUACUUUCCCUUUGUUAAUGGAGCGGCUAGAAAGUAGUAACGGCAGUGAGCACGUUAUCGACAUAGCUGGGAGUAGUGAUGGGUUCGCAUCUAGCUCAUCUCAUACACAUAGUAGACCUUCAAUCAGCUUAAAUACAUCACAGCUAGAGAGAUCUUCGAGCAGUGCCAUAGUACCCACGACUCUUCCUCCGAUUUCCUCCUCUAAUGGAUCAAACACUAGGAACUCCUCGUUCGCAAGGAGAGGGGAUACUCGCCACCGCCGUAGUCCAUUGAAUUCAGGAUUAUGGAUAUCCAUCGAACUAGUUCUCACAAUUGGUCAAAUUGUUGCAUCUAUUGUUGUUUUGUCCUUGUCAAGGCAUGAGCAUCCACGAACACCAUUAUUUGCGUGGAUUGUGGGCUAUGCAUCUGGAUGUGUUGCCACUCUUCCUCUUCUUUAUUGGCGUUACCGUCAUCAUAACCAGCUUUCAGAGCAAGAUUCUGCUCAACCUCGUCAGACUUCUCAGAUUAAUGUUCCUGCAGUGCCCUUUUCUCUUUCAGUUAGUAGGAUGCCUGAAGGGGAAGAUCGUCAGAGUGGUGCUUCAUCUCAUAGAAGCCGCCAAGGCUCUGAAAUAAUGAAUGCAAGACUCAAAGCACUUGUGGAAUACUUCAAAAUGGCGUUGGAUUGCUUCUUUGCGAUUUGGUUUGUGGUUGGCAACGUUUGGAUCUUUGGAGGACAUUCAUCUGCGAAUGAGGCUCCUAAUUUGUAUAGGUUAUGUAUAGUAUUUCUCACCUUUAGUUGUAUUGGAUAUGCCAUGCCUUUUAUUCUAUGUGCAACAAUAUGCUGCUGUCUUCCUUGUAUAAUAUCCGCGCUUGGGUUUAGAGAGGAUUUGACACAGAACCGAGGGGCCACUUCUGAAUCAAUUGAUGCUCUGCCGACAUAUAAGUUCAAGUUGAAGAAAAAUAGAAACGGAGAUGAUAGAGAUGGUGCCUCUGAAGGGGGAAUUAUUGCUGCAGGAACUGAUAAAGAGCGUGUGAUUUCUGGGGAAGAUGCGGUUUGCUGCAUCUGCUUGGCAAAGUAUGCCAACAACGAUGAGCUAAGGGAACUGCCCUGUUCUCAUUUUUUCCACAAGGAGUGCGUGGAUAAGUGGUUAAAGAUCAAUGCGUCAUGCCCUCUUUGUAAAAGCGAGGUAGGUGCGAGCCCAUUGAGCUCACUCGCAGGGGCAAAUGGCAGUCACCAAAAUGAUGAUUACUAGGGAAAGCAAUGGUUUGGACUUUGGCAAGUACCAUAUCUCAAUAAGACGACUAAAUUAGCUAAUCUCAAUGCAAGAAACAAUUUUAACAUGGAUGGCUGAUUGCGCCGAGUGGAUUUCUUUUCUUUUCUUCACCCCUUUUUUCCCCCCACUUGGGGUGAGGCUAUAGUUAGGUAGGUAAGCAGGGAAUUGCCUUUGGUGGUGUCACGGGCAAAUGUAUAGCUCUCUUCUGUCGGCAGUGUCACUUGAAAUCAAUUAUGUAUUUACGACACAAAUGAAGAUGCUCCUAGAUUUGCUCAUUGGAGUCGUCAUAGAUGGCUUCUUGUUUUAAUGUAUCCCUCUGUUCUCAUUCUCUCCUCUAUAAUACAUGUACAUAUAAUGCAGUGGACAAUUGGCUUGAUAUUAAUAUAUUCUUUGCCAUGAAGAACAUGUCACCUAAUUAGAAAAAGGUACAACUCAAUUUUUAUAAGUGAGAAUUACAGCUAAAUACAGA